AUGGUCGACAAGGACGAACGAGAAUCCAUCGAAUUUUAUAACAACGCAUUGGCUGUUCUAUCGGAGGUUCGGGGCGAGCUUAUUCUCGAAGAAACACCAAUUCUCCCGUAUGUCCCAGACUUCCUGGCCAGAUGGAAAAUCUCGUCUCGACGGCUCCUCAGCAACCAGACUGGGAUCCUUGCACGGAACACGAACGCUGCUCUAGAAUCAGGUUCCUGGAACUGGUCUAAAGUAGGGCUCAGGGAGCAAGAGACAAGUGGACUUAGCCGGGAAGAGCUAGGAUGGGUUAUUGGUAAUAUAUAUGACGCUGCUCACGCAUUGCCGAUGGCUCUGGAAGUCUUCGUUAUGGCAAGUGUGUUGCAUCAGGAUGCUGUCCGAGAGGUGCAGGAGGAGCUUGACCGAGUUGUUGGGUCAGAUAGGCUGCCGACCUUUGAUGACAUGCAGAGUCUACCUCGUGUCAAUGCCUUUAUCACCGAGGUUCUGAGAUGGAGGCCAGUUACUGUUGGCGGUAUGCUUCAUGCAGUCGACCGGGACGACGAGUAUAUGGGCUACAGAAUCCCAAAGGGCACAACCGUGGUGGCAAACCACUGGUCCUUGGAGUUCGACGAGAAGGUCUUUGGGGACCCUUGCAACUUUAGACCACAGAGAUGGAUUGACAACCCGAGCCUGCCGAGUGCUAGCUUCGGGUUUGGCAGGCGAGUCUGCCCUGGCCAGCAUCUAGCCCGGAGUUCUCUGUUUAUUAUUGUUUCACGGGUUCUCUGGACGUAUCGAAUCGACUAUGCCUAUGACAUGAAUGGCAAGAGAAAGGAUAUUGAUCCAUUGGAUAUGACACAGCUUAGUGAUUCGCAGCCUAUGCCCUUUGAUGCCUCCUUUCAUGUCCGUAGCCCGAAGCACCAGGAUAUCAUAGAGCGAGAACAUAUGGCCUGCGAGAAGGACCUGGACGUUAUUCUUAACGAGGUCAAACCUGGUGUCAACCUGACAACUGACAACCUCACGACGUCGCGCACUCACCAACGCCGCGACUCAACGCAGCGCAUCUCUGUGCCGGGAGAAGCUGCAGUGCUCGCCGUCGCGCCGUCUCUGCUGGCCUUGUCUGGACAUCCCGCCACCGACGAUAACGCCUCGAACCUUGCUUCCGUACCUGAAACAGCCCGUUUCCCGGCGCCCAAAACCUGUCCGGAAUACACCCCCAACGCUGCAAACGUCGCUCUCACCCGGUCAAGACGGAUCGCAUUGUCGAACACGGUCGCAUAG